AUGGAUUACCUUGAGAUCUUUGAGCUGCGGUUGAAAUUUGAGGACAAAGCGCACGGGGUCAACAAGACUUGGAUGGGGUGCUUCACCAAAGACUCCGCUAUCGCGUUGAGGCUCCACAAGGCUGGUGUACCUGUGUGGUUGAUACGAGAUGUCAGGCUCGUCGAUGAUAAGAUUAACAUCCGCCAAGUCAUUCCCUUCACUCCUGCCGACCUUGUGUUUGGGAUGUACCUCCAUCCCAUUAAGAACUUCGCUCAACCUUUCGAUAUCCGUUACAAGGGUCCAAGUGAUCAUCAACGCCAGGCUGCGGUUCGUCAACCGUACCUUACUUUUGAAGAGAUCCCUAUGGAUCAAACCGAAGUCAAUCGCUUUGCAGCUUCCAGAGAGCCGUCAUCGGGUAAAGCGCCCACCAAGACCACGAAAAAUAAGUCCGCAAUGAACCGACCCGCUCUGCGCCAGAACCAGUCUCAAGUUGGACGUGACAAAUGGUGCGACAUGGCUCACCCGUUCAUGCCCAACAUCAACACCUUCUUCGCAUCGGCUAUGACUCACGCGGACAAAGAUUUGAGUCGUGUCAAGCCAACCCAUGCAAGAAUGGAUGAGGGAUACAGGCUCCCCGACCCUGGAUUAUUUGUCAACGUCCUUUCCUCGCAGUCUCUGAAGAAAUAUCUUGCUAACUGGUUGGCAUGCCGUGAGUCGUGGCUGAGGCAUGUUUAUAUGCCGCCUCCAUCUCCGCUCCCUCGGUCCCAAAGCUGGCGUGAUCUAUUGAUCACGCAGCCAACAACACCACAGCCCUCGUCGUCAAGUGGUCAGAUGCCAUCAGGCAAGACUGGCAAGUCCAAAGCCAAACUCGACCUGUUCUUUGGAGAUGAAUUAUCGCUCCUACGCCAGUUUUGGACUGGAUCCCAGAUGUUGCAAUGGAGGGGUCAGAAAAUCGAAGCAGCGACGCUCGAGAAUUCAGCCGCAUCAUCUCAUUCAACAGAUCAUAUACGAGAUUUGCGAAGAAGCGUCGCAUGGAGUUGCUCCGUGGAAUUUUUUCCCCAGCAUGCCCUCAGCAUGUGGGAUAAGGAUUUUUCGACUCGGAAUGAUGGACUUAAUGCUGAGUCUUUCCAGGAUGCUCUUCCAUAUUUCGAGAAUUUUCGUCAAGUGUUGAUCGCAUGGGACGGUGCUCCUCAAGAUCUCAAACAGCCUUUCACCGAGUCGAUGCCCGAGGGAGAGAAGUGGCAACGCAUGAAGCAAUGUGCCCUGUUUUAUGUACAAUCAUUUUACGACAACACAGGUCGCCCCCCCGUGGUCCCUCAUAUACUUUACGCGGGUCCAUAG